AUGAAAUCUAAAGACCCAUUAUUGAAUUUUUCCCAUCUUGUUGAUUUUGGUGAGCAUGAUAACUCGGAAAUCGCCCGAGCUAUUCUCCCACGUACCGGAGAGAAGUAUGACCGUGCACUUGACAUUUUUGACAAGUUUAUUUCGCUCCAUCCCCAAGCUAUAAACCCUCCAAACAUCAAGACCUAUAAGGCCUUUUUAGAAUUUGCAGCGCGUGGCAUGAAAGGUCGGAUCGAAGAGAAGCCUACGAUUGGAACGGUUGAGUCCUUUCGCAGAGAUUUUGAGGCAGGCAUGUCCCUUAGGAGAAAAUACAACUUCUCGACAGAGGUGUCGACAACACUGAGAGAGUGGAUUAUUCAAGGGCUUAAAGAAAAGAUCUCCCUUUCAACCGACGAAAUGGAUAAAGAUGGGCUGUCGCCAAAUGACCUUACUGUGCUUAUGACUCAGCUAUGGUGUAGGGACUUUCACGAGUUUCGCGGAGAGAUCCCUGAUAGAACGAGAGUGCAACUAAGCGCGGCGAUUCUUUUGUACUGUUUCACAUCAGCAAGAACAGGAGAGGUUCAUGAGUCGACGUGUCGGCGAAAGGUGUCAAGAGAACAAGGCACAGUUAAGGAAGAUAAGGAGCUAGAAGCCAGAGUUAUGGCGGCCUGUUACAAGCAUUUCAUUCUUAGUAUCGAGAAUGUUGAUGGACAAUCUGUGCUAGUACUUACCUACCAGCGAGAAUUCGUCAAAGGCCACUGGAGAAAAAAACGAUGGGAACUCCCAAUCCACGCCUUCUACGAAAUUUACAGGGAGGAAGUACCCCUUUUUUUCAAUCUUCUUACAUUCUUUUUGCCGAUGGCAUCUGCCGACGAUGCAUUUCGGGAUUUUUCUUCCAUUAGUGAGAUUCUGAAUACGGCAGAAGCCUACACAAACACUUCUCCUACCAAAAAUGAAGUCUUGCAAGUUAUUGUCUUCAAGGAACAUGUUCAGGAGGUUCCAGUAUUCCGACCAUUCAGCGAGCAACAUGUGAACAAGAGUACCGGAAAAGCUCGGGGAGCAGAUGCUUUUGGCAAAGAGUUUGUCGGGCUGGGUCACCGUAGUGGGUUCAUUCGAAAUCACUCCGAAUCGGCACGAAUGAAAUUCGCGGGACAGUCCAAUCGAGACACAUAUGGAAAGUACUAUGCCCAUCCGCUUAGCGAAGUCGAUGGCCCAGCAACUUAUCUUGGCAUUGAAAGCCGACAUGGGCAUAUCCAAAACCGCCGCGGAAUGGGGAUUUAUCAAAACCCUCAACUGUUACAGUCACUUCCCGCAAAGGCGGAAUUUGAGUUCGAAGACCGGGAUGACGUUCGUGCUCUCAACAGAGACAUGGAUUCUCUAAGUUCUCUACUACCUUUUACGAAUGACCAUGAACAGAAACGCGAAAUUCAAGUCAAGCAGCAUCAAAUUUACAAUGAAAAGCAGCGACUCUAUAAAGAGGAGCUAAAAAUGGUUCAAAUGUUGCAGCCCAAUACGCUGAUGAGGUCCUCUGGGCACCCAGGCGAUUUACACGAACAGAAUCUUUUCCACUACAGACGAAGGGUUAUGCCGGAGCGAGAUUUAUUAGCGACAGUGCUCCCUCAGAGGGUUAGCUUACGAAGUUGCCAAGGAAGACAGGCGUUAGAGGCGCUGGAGUCUCUCUGCAAAGAAAUACGCCCUGUUGCUUAUCGUUCUGGUCUCCAGCCAGUGGAUGGGAAAUGUCCAUGUGGAGAAGGAAUGGACAAGUUAGUUCCCCUGAUUAUUGAUAAUGAUUCUACGCUAACAAUCUCAGUUUCUAUCCUCAUCGAAGAUGGCUACACCUUUAUCGUUGUUAUAAAGUUAAACUCUGCCAUAUGA